UAAAUUGAAAAGAAUAAUACAUCACAACAAGAUGUUUCUUUAACAACAUAAUUGUAAAAUAUAAGAGAAAAAAACCAAUGUAAGUUACAUUCAUUGUAUGUGUAAAACAAUUAAAAGGUUAUGUCAAAAUGCAUAAUGAAAAACAAUGUAACGAAUUCUGGCAGGAAUCUUCGAAAUCAUGUAAAAGUAUGUUUUUAUAUAUUAAUACAUAAAGUAAGUUAAUACUUAAAAUAGACGUAAAAUGUUUGUAUACCGAAUUCAUAAUGAUAAUACAGUGAAUUCAAAGAUUUUUCGCAUCAAAAACUGUUCGUGUGUGCAGCGUCCGCCAUUUUGCUUCCCUUACAUCUGACAUGUCUUUCUAAUGUUAUUAUCGAUGAAUGCUGAAAUUUGUGCGUGAAUCUUCGAUCUUAUUGAAGUAUAUUUUGCAAGAAAAAGGUCGAAUUGUUCCUGAUUGGACAACAACCUCCAUUACUGUUGAGAGUAACAUCCAUUAUCCCAACCUCGGUUAAACUAAAUGAAACGAGUCCAUAAAGGGAAUUUCGUGAGCGUAUUUGUGAAUAGUUUAUCUUUGUUAAGGAGUGCAAAUACGCGACAAGACUCAUCUGAUAAAUUUUUCUAACUGUAUUGUCAAAACUUGAUUGCAAUAUUUUGCUGAGUGUCUUAUUGUCUAUAUAAGGAGUGUACAUAACCAAACAGUGUUGAUAUCCAACAUCAUGUACUCAUGUCAACAUUGGAGAUAAAGUGCUUAAUAAUAUGGCUUUGUCUUGUCCAAGAUUAUCAGAACUCUUAGAAUCAAUAUCCAAUAAUUUGAUGUUCUAUGCGAUACAAUCGCUCAAAGAUGUGUAGAAUAUGUUAUAUGUGAAUUGCUAUGCGAGGCAAGGAUUGUUUUUAUCCUGAUCUAGCCAUGGACUAAGUUCACGCUUACUGCUUGAACCAGGAGAGUGUAGUAAUUAUCUUGUAUGCAUUAUGUACAGCAAUACAAAUCUAAACUUAGAGUGAUAAAUAGCUUUAAUUGAUCUAUAUAUUAUUGACUGCUAAAGUAUUAUUUGCACUUUUAGGGCAUAGAAUAAAUUUUAUUGUCAUUUAAAUAUACAAAGUUUUUGUAAGGAUCAACUACAAAAUUUGAUACUAAGUAAUAAGUAAAUAAUUUUAAUCUUUUUAUUAAAACAUACUCCAUGACAAAACAAAGUUUUGUACAUAAAAAGAUGUAAAUAAGAUAGCUGGGUGUGUAUCAAUGUUAAUAAUAUAAAUAGUGCUCAUGACUAUUUUAUAAUUUAUUAUACUUUUUAAAAAGAAAAUUCAUUUUGUUAGUUAUCUUAAUGGACAUAUAAACACUGAUGUGUCCGAGGCAAAUACAAAAACUAAACUGUGAUAUAAUACAAUAAAAAUAACUUUUUAUUUUUUUAUUCUCAGUAUUAUGAAUUAAAAAAUAUCACUGUAUGGACUUGGAUCUAGGCAUAUGGCGUGAACUAAGUUUUAUCUAGAUAGGAAGUUGAUUUGGAGAGUUUGAGAAUGCAGGUGGAACAGGAUACAAGGAAAGCGAUAAUCAAUGAAGGUCUCUAUGUCCGAAAACUCAAACAUGGACAGUAAAUUGAAGUUUUCGGAUCGCUUGAAGGCUUUGUUGAAAACUGAAGCUCGUCAAGAUGUCGAUCCAUACAUUUUUUGUGAGCCAGAACCAUUUACUACUACAGCAAGAAAAAAUGUUACAGUAGUUUCAUCCAAAAAUUCUAAAGUAAUGCAAAAUUGUAAAAAUAGUAAACCUAAAGGAAAAUGUAUUAAGCAAAGAAUAAGGAUAACAUCUAUACCAGAUGGGGAAUACAAACCUGUACAAGAUCAUGCUGUAGAGUUAGAUAUUGACAAUAGUGUCGGUGGUGGUGGCAGUGGUAGUGGUGACGGUGAAAAUAUAGAUUAUAAAUUUGCAAAAGCACUUCAUCAUAAACAACGUCACAUUGAAAAUUUACAAAGAUUAAGAUGUAGAAGGCAAAGGCGGGACCAUACUCUAUUGUAUUAUCCUAGAGCUGGAGAUGAAAUAUCAGAUAGCGAUUCAAGUGGAGAUGAAAUGACAAUUUAUCAACAUUAUUGGUUCUCUGGAGAAAUCAGUUCAACAUUAAAUCGUUCGGCACGUCUUUCUCAAUUACGCUCUCAAUUGAGAAGGCGAUUAAUUCAGUUACAUAAAAGUGGAACAGACUCUGAAGCCUUAUUACGUGAUAGAGCUAGAUGUUUGUUGGAAGCUGCCUAUAAAGAUCCUGCGUCUACAGCAAGAGCUUUAAGCAGUUCUCCAAGUACGAGUAAAGUGGUGGAUGGGCCACUUUUAGUUGGUGGACUUUGCGGAGCUGAAGGAUGUCAACAAAUAUCUUUGCCCUGCACUCGUCAUUGUUCUCGUCACAUUAUGUUGAACGGAGAUCAACUUUUGUUUGAACAUUGCACUGCCAAAUUUAGUGAUAAUACACAGUGUUGUAUUCCUGUGUUUGAUGUUGCACAUGAAUUACCUCUUUGUCCAGAGCAUGCUAGGAAAAGGGAUAACUAUCAUCGUAAAGCUCAAGAGUCUAAACCAAAGAAAGCUCGUAAAAAACCAACAUCCCCAACAAUUUCCAGGCCUAAACCAAAAUCUAGGCCAAAGAAACGGAAACGGCCUCCUACAAAUAAACUUGAGAAUAAAGGUCCUACAUUGGUACACGAGGAGAGUCAAUAUUUGAAUCAAAUAAACUCUAGUGAAAAUCAGACAAAAACUUUAAACAAUUUAAAUACCAUAGCACAAGGAAGUUCAAAUACUUCUAAUUUAAAUUUAGGACUAGGCCUUGGCCUUGGUGGAGGAGGGCUUAAAGUAGAUCUGGGAGAUCAUGAAGUGUUUCCUUCUUUGGAUUCUGCAGAGCAUGAUUUUGGCAAUGUGCUCAAUAAUUUACCUCCUGAUGCUUUUAAUGAUUUGUUCAUUGAGGGUAGAAAUGGGGAGUAUGAACCAUCGAGAGAAGAGGAGGAAGAAUUGGAACGAGCGUUGGAGGCAGUGGAUAAGGACGUACGAAAUUUGGAAAGGAUGGGGCAAACACAUGGACUUUUAGAGCCAGCCUUAUUGGCUCAACUUAUGUCAGAUAUUGCAUCGUAGCCCCGCCUAUUUUAAUAAUAUAUUAAUUUGGAAAAAACGAAUUCGCGUGUGUUCCUUAUAAUAUAGAAAAAGAAAUACUGUUUGUGUCUGUGCUGCUAAGUGUAAGAGUUGUGUUACUGACUUUCGUUAGAUAACUAUACAAAUCCAAGAUGAUGGCAGGGAUUGACAUAUAAACCGAAUGUUGAAAGAAAUAGUAACUACUAUUAAUUUAGUAUAAACUUCAUUGGUACAAUAUCAUACCGCAAUUAGAUUCAUAUAGAAAAAAAAAAAAAUCGUAUUUCU